CUCGCCGGUCACGUGAUGCAAACAUUGCAACGAAGCAAUGACACCUAAACGACAUGCCUCAAAAAGACCCGUGUCAAAAGCAAGCGUGUGACAUCCAGAAGUGUUUACAAGCGAAUAAGUACAUGGAGAGCCAGUGUGAAGAAGUGAUCCGGGAGAUGCGGCGAUGCUGUCAAACUCACGCCAAUAACUCCAUCUGCUGCUCCGGAUUCAAGGAGAACAAAACACCGGAGAACAGAUGUAGCACGUGAAAGGAGCCAAUAAACGAAUGUCUUUGUUAUAUAACCAAUGCAACAGCAGUGUAUUUCAAAUGAUUUAACACGCUUAAAGUCAACAUUGGUUUGAAAAGACUUUGGCUGAUGGAGGCGGAAGUACACAAAUAAAAGU